UAUCAGGUCAGUCGAUAUAGAAAAGUUUGAACUGUCAAGUUGAAAUAAAAUAUUUCGAAGAUGAGUGCUGUAGUUAAAGAAAUUAUUAGAGAAAUUCGAAUCCCAACCAAACAUAUGAUGUGGAGGGGCACCAUUAGGGCAUGUAGAAAUCUUAUAGGAAUGAACACAGGCUACUUCAGAAUAAAUAAUAAAUUGAAAGCGAAAGAUCUACAGCCUCAAAAUCAGUAUUUUGAAUUAAAAGAUCGUGAGGAUAAUGUCAAGCCAGAUGGCCAGUCUACAAUCGAAUCGAACCAAAGCCAAGGUUCCAUGUCCACCUCAGAAGAUUCCAAAAGAAUGACCAAAAGCUCUGAAAGCAGCAUCGAUGAAACCCCCGAUUUCGAAGACACAUAUCUCUGAAUUAUUCUCAUUUGUUAUGUUUGCUAUUUAUUAUUUUCUUAAUUUAACAGAAUUGUUUUAUGCAUUUUUGUGUUAUCUCAACUGGAAAUAUGUAUAAUAUAUGUAAGAACAAAACUAAACGUCUCUUAUGAUUCGUUAAUUUGUUGUUACACAAAU